AGUGGAUCUCCCGUUAGUCACAAGAUCUUUUACCAAUCACCUCAGAGGCAGAGAGAUCAAACUAGUUUUUCUGUUGUGUCACACAGUGCUACAUUACUGUCACAGCACGCAAGGAAAAAUACCAUGUCGAAUAGUGGUAAGGGUGUCUGGCAGAAUGCUAAUACCCUUGCUAUCAGAGGUUGCGGCGCCUACAGCGGACACCAUGUGUCAAACAGUUACCGUGUAGCGUACACUGAAAUUAUGGAACAUGAUUUGUAGGAUUCAGUGUGUCGUCCCGGACAAAGCGGCCUGGCCGCAGAGCCGUGGACCUUGAACUUUGAACCUUAAUAUCGCCGCUAAGUAAGUGAGAUGCCAGCAGAUGACCUGGCGAGGAACUUCAACUUCUACUCUGAGGCGCUUCCACUCUUGAUCUCCCUGUUCUAAAAAAAGUGGGAGUCGCGCACUGAAAGCUUGGCGACCAUGGCUAAGCCUCGAGCGAGCACAGUGGUGGCACGCGAUGUUUCCACACUGGCCUCCGAAGGAUGCGACACCGUUGAUGGCCAUUGAACCAUUUGGUUAUGUUGAGAGGAUUUUGUUUUUUUCUGCGUACAACUGAUAGAUAGUUUUAUUCAGGCUGCUGACUUGCGAGUCAAGAGCUUGAAUAAGGAAUAAGUACGCCUAGUUAGAAUUUUAGUACUCGAGCUGAGCAAAAAACUCUCCUGCUUCUUCAUAAGCUAAAGCAGCUCUUCGUCCAUCGCGUGAGGAGUUCAAAGGAGACUCAAGGGUUGGGAGAUCCGAGAGCACCAUGUCAGCUAGACCUGAGGCCAGAUUUAUGAUUCGAUUUAUGAUUCCUAAGCAGUAUCUUUAUGUUUCUUUUGACUCUUUCAUUGUUUUUAAGGCUGUAAUGGUGCUUUCCUUGUAUUGUUUGAUUGUGAAUCACAUUUUGUGAUAUCACAUUUUUCUAUUAUGAUACAUACUGGCCGAGUAGGCCAAUUAGGACAUCUUUACACCAAAUUUCUAUGAUGAAGAUACGGAUAUUGCGCAGUUCUACAUAAGUAGCUCUAGGUACUCUAAAGUUAGUCUCCUUUAUUUCUCCAUAGUUCUAGGUACUACAAGUCAUCUCCGCUUCUUCGUCACACUUCUAGGUAUUUGUACAAGGAGUCUCCCCUUCAUAGUUCUGAGUGCAAACUCUAUAAGUAAGAUCAUACCCAUGUCUUCAUCUUCUUCAUAGUAUUGGGUACAGGAAGAUCAUAUCCGCGAGCUAGGCGUGACGCGGGAAGACUCACGCGUAUGGCCAUCGCGGGAAAAGACAGCGGAUAGCAUAGAAGGUGCCACAUUCCAUAAGCCGCGAGCUUGUAUUAAGGCAGGUUAAAAUCAUAGUUGUGCGAUGAUGUUGUUGUCCUCAGUUUUUGAAUAGAGAUCAUGCAGCUAUGAGAUGGUAAGGGCGCUUGCGAGCGCGACACGCGUGAGGCGGCAGGGUCGCGCGCGAACAUAAUAAUAAUAAUAAUAACUUUUUGUGUCGAGGGCUAGGUUGAGCAUGCAUUUUCAUGUUGUUGAGUCAAUAUGGUUCCAACAAUUGCUGUUCUAAGUACAGCACAUAUCGAGAGCGUAUGGACCCGACCCGAAUAGUGCUCAAGGAUGCUGAGGAAGUUGCCAGAUUCUCCGCAUUACCAUCUGAGAUCACUGGCGAGAAGAUGGCGAAUGACAAAGCGAAAAAAGCGCAUGCGCUAGAUCAGUUAUGGAAUCUCAAUCUUUGUCUUUCAGUUUGAUUGAAUAAUAUGCUGAUGUUCCUAUGGGGAUGGUCUGGAUGUUAGUGGAGGCAGUGUGCACCGACAUGAGCUCUGCUCGAGUAGAAGUAGCUCCCUGCGCUAUUGCUUACCUCAAGGUUUGUCGAGUGCUGCCACUAUCAUAGAAAUACUGUCAGGCCAAGCCUCUACGGUCAUCAUGAAUGGUGGCAACAGGGACAACAGCAUGCGUAUGGGGAUGGUGGAAAUCUCAAUAACCUGCCUCUAACUCACCGUGAAAAUCUGAAUAUCCCUCUCCUUUGCCUGACGGAUUACAGGCGACGCGUAUUGGGCCAUAUGACACGAGAAGAAUGGGAAGACUUUCGCACCGCGAUUCCGAAAUUGCGAGAACAGUUGCACGCUUUCGCGGUGGAUACACCUCCACCCUCAGAAGACGUGGAUAAGAUUGAAAAUUAUGGUUUCGUGUCUGCUGCUUUGUGGGAGUAGGUCCGAGGAAAUCAUUGAAAAAUGGAAAAUGAGAUCAUUGAGAAGCGGUGCAGAUUACAAACUAUGUGUAGACAGUGUAAUCGUGGAAGUCAAACCACAAAGAUAGUAUUCGCUAGACAGACUCGCUAGAAAUAGAUCCUACAGUGUUGUUGACAGUGAUGUUUCUCAUCAUAGAACCUCCUAACCCGAAGAUGCCGAAUAUUCUAAGUCCUAGACCAGCGCGUUUACGUUGGUGUGCGGAGGUAUAAAAUCGCCAGCGCAAAGAGUUGCACCAUCACUGGCUACCAUGGGCAUAGACGUGUGCAUGUGCAUCCACACGCAGGAUUUCAGCGAAUGUUGCGCAGGAAAGGUUACAUCAAUUAUGUGCACUGGUUCUUGCAUUAAUUAGUAUUUUGUGAUUGUACGAUUGCUGUCUUAGUUGGGGGUGGAUAAGGAUAUAAUUAUGUGACCUAUCUUCAUGAGGAUGAUCACGAUACAAUGCAACCCUCUAACCUCUGAAAGCGCAUAUUUUGGGUAUGACCCGUGGAUUCGAGGGCAGGAAGGUGCCGACACAUCCCAACCAACAAGCAGCAACAUAUGUUAUGAGAAAUUUUCCAUUUUGAAAACCUCUAUUCUGUAGCGGAGUCUAUAUUUAAUAUAUAUGUUUGAGGGCUGGACGGUGCCUCCCCUGUGGUCUGGUCUGUGGUGGCGCGCGCGCGCGCUUUUCCGCGCGCUUUUCCGCGGAUUCUAGUGGGGGAAGGCGGCAAAACGGGGCGCGGGCCUCCCCUUGCGCCUCUCAGCGGGUUCCGCAGGGGCCUCCUGGCUUCUGCUGACCCUCGCAGGCGGGAGGUCUCCGGGGUAAAAGGCCGCCGAGGGCGGCCACGGUCGCAAGAGCAAGCAAGCCGAUGACCAAGGACCCGGAGGGUGCAGGCUGCACGGCUCAGGGGGUGCAGGCUGCACGGCUCAGGGGGUACAGGCUGCACGCCUUCGGGAGCCUGGCUUGACGUGACCGGCGCACUGCUGCGGCGGCGAGGCAUCUCGGAGGCACUUAGGGCACGGGCGGGCACCUGGACGGGGGCGCGGGCGGUCCCUUGGGCCCCUUUUGAAGGCUCCCACCUACGUCGGAGGCCUGUAGGCAGCAGCCAGGCAGCUGGAAGGGAGCGGGGGAGGGGGGUCACUUGGCCCCCUUUUGAGGCCUUCCACCCCCGGCAGACGCCUUAAAAAGGGGUCCGGGGCGCACGGUGCCCCCCCUACGCUAUAUUUCCAAAAUUGAGGAUGGAGUUUUCUGUGUCGUGUAGCUUUAGAUAUUUGUAGGAACAGUCAAAUUUAACGACUCAGCUUCUCUAACCACUGCCACUUUAGGGAGAAGGCGCUGAACACGAAAAUGAUGCCUCACGGAUGGCUGCCCAGACCGAAUAAGACAUCAUAAGAGGAAACGAAUUGACCUUACACAAGGUUGGACCUUGCAAGAACGUCAAACGAAGAUACAUGAGAGCAGAUACAGCGUAUGAGAUACUUACAGGAUACAGCGCAAAUGUACACGGAUUCCAUACCAUCAAACGUCAAUACCAGUUUUGAGGUCGAAUCUGAAGAGCCUGAAAAUGGCUUAGGGGCCUCUGCGUAAGCAUAAAAGUCGAAGAU